UUGACAUGAAGUAGCAGCGGCGGCUGGGGCGGCGGUAGCGGCGGGAGUCGAGGCUCGUAGCGGGCCUCGGGGCUGAGAGCGCGAGGCGGCCUCGAGCGGCGGAGGCGCGGUGGGCCGAGCAGGAGGCGCAGCGGCCGCCCUGGCCUGCCAUGGAGAUGGAGAAGGAGUUCGAGCAGAUCGACAAGGCCGGGAGCUGGGCGGCCAUUUACCAGGACAUCCGACACGAAGCCAGUGACUUCCCCUGUAGAGUGGCGAAGCUUCCUAAGAACAAAAACCGAAACAGGUACCGAGACGUCAGUCCCUUUGACCAUAGUCGGAUCAAGCUACACCAGGAGGACAAUGACUAUAUUAAUGCUAGUUUGAUAAAAAUGGAAGAAGCCCAGAGGAGUUACAUUCUCACCCAGGGCCCGCUGCCUAACACGUGUGGGCACUUCUGGGAGAUGGUGUGGGAGCAGAAGAGCAGGGGCGUGGUCAUGCUCAACCGUGUGAUGGAGAAGGGCUCGUUAAAAUGUGCACAGUAUUGGCCACAAAAAGAAGAAAAGGAGAUGAUCUUUGAUGACACAAAUUUGAAACUGACGUUGAUCUCUGAAGACAUCAAGUCUUACUACACGGUGCGACAGCUGGAGCUGGAGAACCUGGCGAAUCAAGAAACGCGGGAGAUCUUACAUUUCCACUAUACCACGUGGCCUGACUUCGGAGUCCCUGAAUCACCAGCCUCAUUCUUGAACUUUCUUUUCAAAGUUCGAGAGUCAGGGUCACUCAACCCAGAGCAUGGCCCCAUUGUGGUGCACUGCAGUGCCGGCAUCGGCAGGUCGGGGACCUUCUGCCUGGCUGACACCUGCCUCUUGCUGAUGGACAAAAGGAAAGACCCUUCUUCUGUGGACAUCAAGAAAGUGCUGCUGGAAAUGAGGAAGUUCCGGAUGGGACUGAUCCAGACAGCGGACCAGCUGCGCUUCUCCUACCUGGCCGUGAUUGAAGGGGCCAAGUUCAUCAUGGGAGACUCCUCAGUGCAGGACCAGUGGAAGGAACUGUCCCAUGAGGACCUGGAGCCCCCGCCUGAGCACCUACCCCCACCUCCCCGGCCGCCCAAGCGUAUCCUGGAGCCACACAAUGGGAAGCGCAAGGAGUUCUUCUCAAACCACCAGUGGGUGAAGGAUGAGGCUGAGGAGGAUGAAGAGGGCCCCAUCAGGGAGGAGACCAGGACCCCCUUGAGGGCCUCCCACAGCAUGGACAGCACGAGUCAAGACACUGAAGUUAGAAGUCGGAUCCGCAGCCGAGGCCUGCGAGGCGCCCAGGUGGCCUUCCCUGCCGAGGCGGAGCCAGCACCACCCAGGAAGGAGGAGGAGGAAGCAGCGCCUGCGCUGACCCACUGGAGGCCCUUCCUGGUCAAAAUGUGCAUGGCCACGGUCCUCACAGCCGGCGCGUACUUCUGCUACAGGGUAUGUUUUCACUGACGGACGUGCUGGCGAGACGCCGCGUGCAGACAGCCCUGGCCGCCAGCCCAGCGUGGGGCUGGGCUCUGUAGAGCACCUGGGCCAGUCUCAGAAGACACAGUCAAAGGGUUGUUCAAGUCUGAACUGCGGAAGGGCUAACCAGAGAGAAGUGAGGAUCGAUGCUCUGGGGCUGUAGGAGCCCCAUGGUCCCAAGAAUAUAGAGUCUAAUCUCAGGGCCUCAACCUAUUCAGGAGUAAGUAGAGAAAAUGCCAAAUACAUCUCUCUCUCCUCUCUCUCCCUCUCUCCCCCCCUUUCUCUUUCUCUUUCUCUCUCUCCAUCUCUCUUCUCUCUUGUUCUUUCCUUUUUGUUUUGUUUUGUUUUGUUCAUUUAUUUUUGAAAAAAAAUAGAAUUACAACACAUUGUUGUUUUUAACCUUUAUAAAAAGCAGCUUUUUGUUAUUUCUGGAAGAAAGAAGACUAGGCACUUAUGAAACUCUCGUACCCUUAGGUGGUAUAAUCAGAUACACAAUUUGUAUUUGGUUUCCCAGGGAAAGAAUCCCAAACCUUCACGAAUGUAGACCCCGUGGAGCAGAGGUCGGCGUGCUGUGGCGGGCGGCCCGAGCCGGGCACCUGCGCCUCCGGUGCUUGCCGCUUCCCUGUUUGAGAAGAGGAACAGCACCCGGCAUCUCUAGAGAGCACACCGGCCUCUGCUCUUGCUCAGGGCAUCCCUCUGGUGUCCAUGGCCCGUUGCUCCACCGCUCCUCCCUGCGGCAGCCCUCUUACUCCGCACCCCAUCCCUCUACGUGAGUUUCCUGCAGGCCCCUGCCUUGGGGUCGGCCACACCACAGGGUGACUGCUGGCAUGUCACCCCUGGCUUCCACUUCAGGUGCAAGGGGCCAUGGCAGGCGAGCACCACACCUGGGAGUGUGCUGUGACAGGAGGUGGGGGGACGUAGCCGCAGAAUCCAUGCAAACUGCCCACGUGACCUUCUUCAUCCUUUUGACUAUUUUACCUCUUUCAGGUGACUAUCUUUGAGUGCAUCAGAUGGUUUAGCAAAUUCUAAUAUUUUUUCCUUAGGGGUGAUUUUGGGGAGGGGUCUAUCAUUAAAAACUGGCUGGUUGCUCCCUCUGAGGUUGGCGGGGCCCGGGUCGAGCGUGAGUUGGACAGCUCGCGCUGCUGCCUGGGCUCCUCUGUCUGGGUUCAUUUCGGUUCCUGUUCAGCAGCAGCACGUGCCUGACCCUCCUCCACCUCCAGCCCCGUCCACCUCUGCUCGCAGGGCCCCCCCGACUGGCAGGCCGCCCGGUAGGGAAGGGCCUCGGGCGGCGAGGAGAGGCGUGCGGAGGCACUGUCCUUAGAGCUGGCGGCCCCUCCCCUGCCCCGCUUCCUUCUCCCCCGGCCCUUCCUUCGAGUUCCAAAUCCACAGCCAUUUCUGAGGAGAGCAGAGCAGAGGACUGUCGUGGUGGCACAGAGGGGUGGUGGCCCGUCUCAGAUGCUGGCUUGCCUCACCUGAGUGCUCCCUCGUGGUGCCCAGGCCAGCGACACACCGUCCUCCCACACCAUCCUCCCGGAAGCCUCCCCGCAUCCCAUGUGGAGUGGGCCUCUCCGCUCCGUUAUUUAUUUUUGAUUUUUCCCAAAGGCGUCCGUACUGCACUAGCAUUUUCUUAAACCAAUAAUGUAUGAAGAUUUUUGAUGUCAGCCUUGCGUCAAGGGCUUUAUCAAGAAGUACAAUAAUAAGUCAAUCCUCAGGUAGUGCUGGGAGCUAGGACCGUGCCAGGAGCCUGUGCGGCAGGCCCGUCUGGCAGGAGGACGGCUGUGGGCCCCGCCCGCGAGGAGUGGUGUGCUGGCGUGAGAGGCCGUGGACACUUGGUAUCUGACAAGACUCUGGUGGGAGAUGACUGUCCGCCCUGUUCCCUGGUAGAGCUGUCCUCCGUCUCCGCUUCCUGUGUGUGUUAGGUGCAUGUGAGGGCUUCCGUGUCCCCGUGAGACACGUGUGCUUGAACGAGAAACGUGGACUCCCGCUUACCAAUGUGCCCGUGUCCCAGCCAGUCCACCUUCAUGAUCUGAUUGUCAGGCCACUGUGGUUCCCAAGGCUGUUGCUACGGUGGCCGCCGUUCGGCAAGACAGUGAUGCUUCCAGUGGCAGAUUUGGCCUGAUUCCUGGCAUGACUCUGGUGACUUCCCGGGGAGGCCGGCCUCUCCCGGCCCCUGGGCCACGCCGUAACUCAGACAUUCCAAGGGCGUGGCCAGCCCUGUGCACGCCUCACGCUCUGGACGCUUAGGCAGCAGAGACCCCGCUCUGGGAUCAGCCUUCUCUAGUCCACGCUCGUGCCCUUCUGGAGCAGAUGGUGACUGGGAAGCGCAGCAGCGGCGGGAGCCCCCUCCUUGGAGGCAGCUGGCCUGCUGCGGCUCCGUCCUGCUGCAUCCAGCUGAGGGGUGUCUGCCUGCCCUGGACCCCGUGGGACUGAUGGUGCUCACGACUCUUCCUGCAAGGGGAACCAAGACCUCCACAUUUGGUGACAUUUUUAAUAAGAAAAAAGGCAGCUGUGGCCCCGAGCUGCCCUCUUGCCAGCAUUUCACGCGUGGCCUUUCACGUGGGAGAGCCAGCGCAGAGCGACUGGCGGGGCGCCGGCAGGGCCGCAGAGCUUUGCCGAGGUGUAGGCAGGCCGGGCCUCAGCUGGGCUUGUGUCUUGGAGUCCUGUCUGUGUCGUGGGUGUGUAUGCAGCAGCCUCUCAGCACGGUGCACGGGGAGCCUCCUGUGCGCGGAGGACAGCCGGCCAUCGGCUGGGGCGGUGGCGGGCUGCUCUGCUGUUUGCCUUAAGCCAACAUUUACUCACCAGGCCAAUAUUUUUGACAAUGGCCAUGGAAUAAACCAUUUUUACAAAAAUAAAAACAAACAAAAACAGCGAGAUGUUUGGCUACAGUACCUUUCCAGGUGUGCGUAUACGUGGCUGCGUGACCGGGUGGGGGGAGGGCUGUCUCAGGGUCUGUGACCUCACAGAGCUGUCAAGGUGUACAGUUUUCCAACUUGCCGUAUAAAUGAUGGGUUUGCAUUUUAGU